AUGGACGGAUAUCGGCAGACACUAUUAGGACGAGCACUUGCUGAUGCACUACGUGAGCUGGAAAUGGAACAAGAAGAAGAAAAGAUAGAUGCUGUCGAUCUGAGUGUGGAUGGAGAUCAUGUGUUUCGAUUAUUUGAUCAAGUCAUGCAAGCAGAGCUGCGUAAUGGAAGCAAAAGCCAAGAGAAAAAAGGACGAAUAUAUACGCACGAGUCCCUCGAGUUGAAGGGGCAAGUCGUCGCGUUUAAUCGGUUUCUGAAUGACUGGAGCGUACAAGCUCGUGUAAAUACACGAGAUAUGAAGCUGAAUCGUUCUGUUGCUAAUCUUCAUCUGCCAAAUGAAGAACUUGCUGCUUAUAAUCAUCACAAGACGAUAAAAGUUGCAAUGUUGUCCGUAACGAUAAAGAAAUCUGCUAGUAAAGUUGCUGCAUCAGGUUCUAUACUAUCACGUAGUAUGGCAGCAACGUCUUCUUCGAUGAAAGAGGUGGAAGAAAUUGGUAGCUUUGGUCAAAUGACGCAACCAAAGCUACAGUUAUUUGGACUCCAUGCUCGUUAUGCUAAUGCUCUUUAUAGUGUCGCUGCGAAACAAAAUCAGCUUGAUACUGUGGAAAAAGAGCUGCAAACGAUUCAAGAAACUAUUGCUAAGGAACCACACUUUGCUUCGUUCCUACACGACCCCACGAUCGCUCGGGCUUCGAAAAAAGAGGAUAUUGCAAAGGUUAUGGAGAAGGCCAAGUUUUCUAAACCAGUGGCUGGACUUUUUGAAGUACUUGCUGACAAUGGCCGUCUACCAGACGUUGUGGGCGUCAUAUCCGCCUACAAGAAAUUAAUGGCUGCCUUCCGUGGUGAAGUGCAGGCCAAGGUUACGUCGGCUGACCCGCUGACCAAGGCACAGUUGGAUCAGGUGAAGAAAGCCCUUGCUGCUCGUGUGGAAAAGGACGAAAAGCUGCUGCUGGAGACUGUUGUAGACCCGGAGAUUUUGGGUGGCCUUAAGGUGCAGAUUGGCAACUACUUCAUUGACUUGUCACUCGCCACCAAGAUUGACAAGAUCAACACAUUGCUUGCUAACUCGAGCCAGCACUAA